AAAAAAAACUAGGGCACAAGAAAGGACAAACGAAGAUAGAUUAGAUGGAAGGAAAAAUGUACAAAUGGUGCAAUAUACAAAGACAACACAGUUACAUAGUAAUACCAAACGAUAGGUAUAAUUUUGACUAAAUAAACUACACGGGGUUGCCAUUUGUGGUGACGUUUCGUCGCAUUGUUUUGACGUCGCACGCGGAGGGAUCCUAGCUUGUCACAAGCACAGUCAGAACGCUGAGAGCCUUUGAGCUGUAUAGACCUAACCUUAACUCAGCCACUCACUCACCAGGACAGGGAGACACUCAACUGCGAGGACGUUUUGCUGUGAACAUUUCUGAAGGCAAAUGUUAACUUUCGGAUAAUACCGUUUGCUAGUCUUUCUAGCGUUUCCGGAAGGCUAAUAGCCUUUCAGUUUACUUACUGGUGUUCUGCGAGUGGAAAUAGCAUUAAAAAUGUCGUCUCCAAGUCCGGGUAAAAGGCGAAUGGAUACCGAUGUGGUGAAACUCAUCGAGAGCAAGCACGAAGUCACUAUCCUCAGCGGACUUAACGAAUUUGUAGUCAAGUUUUUCGGACCACAAGGAACACCAUACGAGGGAGGUGUGUGGAAGGUGCGAGUAGAUCUUCCCGACAAAUACCCAUUUAAAUCACCAUCAAUAGGAUUCAUGAACAAGAUUUUUCAUCCCAAUAUUGAUGAAGCGUCAGGGACAGUGUGCUUAGACGUCAUCAACCAGACAUGGACGGCCCUCUACGAUCUGACCAACAUCUUUGAGUCGUUCCUGCCUCAGCUGCUGGCUUAUCCCAACCCCAUUGACCCCCUGAAUGGAGAUGCAGCUGCCAUGUACCUUCACCGACCUGAGGAGUACAAGCAGAAAAUCAAAGAGUACAUCCAGAGAUAUGCAACAGAGGAGGCUCUGAAGGAGCAAGAAGAGGGAGCUGGCGACUCUUCAUCCGAAAGCUCCAUGUCUGAUUUCUCAGAAGACGAGGCCCAGGACAUGGAGUUGUAGUGAUUGGAGGACCCUCCCCUCCCCCAUCCCGUCCCCCCCCCUCCUUUAAUCCCCCUCCCCUCCACUCCCACAAAGACUAUAUUUGAUUUCCUAACCAUGAGAAAGCAGACUUAUAUUAUUCAUAUUUAAACAAGUUGAUUUUUUUUUAUUAUUAUUACUAAACAAGGAUUUUUAUGACUAUCUAGCCUUUGGUGUUUGACAGACACCCCUUCCCAUUCUGUAGCUGCCCCCCCCCCUCUCAAUGACAAAGACUUGGAAAUGAUUUCACACUCUCUCUCUCUUUCUCCUGUUAUCUGCACAUUUUAAAGGUGUUAAGUUGAAGAAAAAAAAAAGUCAGGAAAGCUCCCCGUCCACGUCCCUAUGCUCAAAAUUUGUCUUUUUAAACCAACGUGACCUGAAUCCUACAAUGCUCAGUGACUCUGACCAACGUGUGUUUUGCUGCCUAGGGUGUCGUCAGUUCAUGUUUACAUCUCAUCAAUAACAACCCCACAGUCAUGACAGUAUUUUAAGACGCACAGUUGGGCCGUUAAUUUUCAUUUAAUGUUUAAGGAAAACGCUUCAAAACAGGAAACGUUUAGCAUUAAAAUUUCAUUCAGUUUAAUCCUAGACUUUCUUUGAAAAAAGUAAAAGUAUAAUUUUGCUGUUGGCAAGUAAGGCAGACAACAGAGGAUCCAACAGAAUCUGGGGAAAAAAUCCCAGCUGUGUUGUUGUUGUUGUUUUACUCUUUAAGCCCUAAAGCCCAGAGAUAAGUGGGAGUCUCCACUGUGGAGUUGCACACCUGGUGUCCUGGUACACCAUCCACCGAGAAACAAAAAUGUGUAGUGCCAACAAAAACACUGAUAGAUCAACACUGAAGGGCUCUGCCCCCCGCAUGUUUUCCAUCCCUUUUGGCGACGAGACGAUAAAAUUCAUGUCUUUGGAUACUACCUCGGAUCUUACCCAAGCUUGGUUACUAGUUACUUGUUGCUGAUGUGGCUGCAUUAAACAAAAUGUUGCUUUUGGAGGUCAAAUCCAGGAGAGGAAUAUAAACUAAACCUGAUGAUCUGACCUACAAAAAAAGUGCUUUUGGUGUCGAUGGAAAUAAACGCACACUGGCCGCACAAAUGUGGGACGUUUAUGAACAAAGGCAAAAAAAACAAACAAAGCAGCCGUCCCUCGUUGGUGCCUCUGGUCAGAGUCAUUUGGUAUUGAAGGAACUGAGGAGAACACAACUCUUUCUUUACCAUUUACACAGAAAUGAGAUUGAGAUCAUUUUUAAGGAUCCCACUCUCUGGCUGCUUUUUAGUCGUAUUGCUCAACUUCAGUCGUUUAAAAAAAAAAAAAGUGACAAAUGUUGGCAAGGUUACUGAGUUCCCAUGAAGAUUCAGGUCUGUGUGAGAUCAGUCCUCCUCACAUUCCACUGUUACCUGGAGUUUGCUGCAACGCAUGCCCUUGACACUGUUCUGACCUGUGGUAUAAACCUGGACUGCAGUCAACACAGGCUCCUGUACUUUACAUCCUCCUCCACCUUCGUUUGGAUCACUCUUUUGGCCAAAAUGAUCAUUUAUGUUACAUUCUGCUGCAGGAUUUUUUACUUUUUUUGUUAAUCUCAUAUGUACAGAUUUGGCUCAGAUUGGACUAAUCAAAUGUGACAGGUAAAGAUGGUAGAGAUUAUUCUCACAGAUUUGAAUUUUGACAGUUGAUUUUUUUCCCCCCACCAUUGUCAACAGAUUUUUUUGACUCUGUACCCUGACAAAUGCUCAGCUUUGAACCCUGUACACUGACAGUGAAUGCUAACAUGACAUUCGUACUACCUAGAAUACCUUGCAAAGUAUGAGUUUCAAAGAAGUGCAGUAAGAAUUUUAGUUUUCUCUGAAAUACUCCCAUCUCUCCAGCAGGGGGUGGGAGAUUUGAGUAAAGCUCUCAAGGUCGGUCAAGCUCUGACCUUUUCCUGUGCCUCAUCAUAGAAAUAAGGUGACCUGGUUAAGGUAGAAUAUGCAGGAAUUUUUGCAGAGAGUGUGUCCUACUUUAGAUGGCGCUAUAAACACAGUUUGGACACUGCAGGUGGUACAAAUUUGUUGUUUUAAAAAAAGCUAGCAGUGAAACUUGGG